AUGUGCUCGGACGACGGUGGAAUGUCGGAUGAAGUCAGGCAAACCUUUGGGUCUUUGGGUCUAUCGAAUGUGUUUGCACAGGAUACGAAAGGGAAUGCGUAUCAAGGUGAUGGUAAUGGAGAAGAUGCGUCGAAUGAUAUGAAGAAGGAGAAAUAUUAUGCGGAAUGGUGGUAUCGAGGAAGUGUGAUAUGUCUGGAAAUGCGAAUUCAAUAUUAA